AUGGGACCUGAGGUCUGUGGGGCUCUCAAUGUCACUGUGUCCCCGGGACCUGUGGUUGACUACCUGGAGGGGGACAAUGCCAGUCUCCUGUGCCACGUGUCCCAGAAAAGGCUCAAGGACAGCCUGCUGGCUGUGCGCUGGUUUUUCGCUGGCACUGACAGCACGGAGGCCUUGAUGGUGAAGAUGACUAAGUUGCGGGCUGUGCAGUACUAUGGGAACUUCAGCCGAAGUGCACACCGCCGGAGGCUGCUGCUGCUGGAAGAGCAGCAUGGGGCUCUAUACAGGCUCUCAGUGUUGACACUGCGGCCAGCCGACCAGGGCCAGUAUGUCUGCCGUGUGCAGGAGAUCAGCAAGCACCGGAACAAGUGGACGGCCUGGUCCAACGGCUCCUCGGCCACGGAGAUGAGAGUGAUUUCCCUCAAAGCUUCGGAAGAGUCAUCUUUCAAGAAGAAAAAAGAGACCUGGGCAUUUUUUGAAGAUCUCUACAUGUACGCCGUCCUCGUGUGCUGUGUGGGCAUCCUCAGUGUCCUGCUGUUCACCCUGGUCAUCAUCUGCCAGUCUGUGUUCCACAAGAGGAAGUCCAGAGUGAGACAUUAUUUGGUGAAAUGUCCUCAGAACAGCUCUGGGGAGACUGUCACUAGCAUGACCAGUUUGGCCCCACUGCAGCCAAAGAAGGGCAAGAGGCGGAAGGAGAAGGUGGAUGUGCCCCCCGAAGUCCCCGCCAAAGCUCCCGUUGCUACCUCCUUCCACAGGCCAAAGCUCCUGAAGCCACAGAGGAAGGGUGCCCUGCCAAAGAUCACCGAGGAGAACUUGACCUAUGCCGAGCUGGAGCUGACCAAGCCGCCCCGGGCUGCCAAGGGCACCCCAACUAGCACUGUCUACGCUCAGAUCCUCUUUGAGGAGAACAAGCUGUAGGCCCCAGGUCCUGCAUCCCCACUGCCCAGUUAUUUAUGAAACCUCGGGGACACAGCCCCUCCUGUGGUUCUCUCCAUUGUGCCAGUGUGUGUUGGGGCCCCUUCCCAGUGGCACUCCUGGUCCCACCACAUCAGAGUGACUCUGCCCUCCUCAAGGACAGGUAGCUCUACGCCCCAGCCCCAGGCCGAGGACGCUGCCUGAGUGUACCUGGGAACACUGUCUGCUGAGCCAUCCCAUCACAUCUCCUCCUCCUCUCCUGGAUUUUAAUUUGUUAAAAUCUUUUUCUAAAUCUUAAUUUUAACCUUCCACACUGCCAGUAUACGUGAUACCAAGCUACAGGAAAUGCCAUUAUAAGCCACAGCAUGAGACAAUAGAUACAUAGUAAUUGGCUUUCAGAGACCCAAAUGGCAUCAUCAGAGCACCCCGGGCCCAGCAAGCCAAAGAUGGCAGCAGCUACUUCGAUGGCAUCCAUUGUUUAAAAUAGAUGUGCUGAUCCUAGUAAGUAUGGAGGGGCCAUGGGCGAAUCUGAGGUCUCAGAGAACUCUGUACCUGCCAGCCUACGACAAUCCAGAGGCCACAGGCCAAGUUCACCUUUCUGAAGGCCUCACCAGGGAGUUUGCCACCAAUGGACUGUGGAGCAAGCGGCCUUGCCAAAAUGUGCCACACUGUCUUCUCCUUCCGGUCUCCACUGUGGGAAAGCGAAGUCUUCCCCCAGGUCCCCUCAAGGAAGGAGCAAAGGACACACACACCACCCUGGAGCCUGUGUCUCAAGGGCCCUUCUCUUGCCAUGCGCCUUGCCCGCCUCCACCUCGUCUGUGAACUCAAAUGGGGUUGGACAGGUGCAGGGCUGCGUGGCCUUGCCAUGCAUACGGGAGCUGGGACUGGUUGAGCGCCAUCCCUUCUGCACAUGGUGCUGGUCCCUACUGUUCUGUCUGUGAGUGUACUCUGGGUGGCCAUAGCCUGCACACACACUAUAUAUAGAAAUGAUUUGUCUAUGUAGUAUGCCGUAUAUAUG